CGGCAUGCACCGGGCUGGGGCUUGUCUUUGGGCUGAGGUGCGAGGGGAGCGGCUUAGCUGCCGUUGCUCCUCAGCCCCAGGGCUAGGAGAAGGAGAUGGCGGGAGAGGCUCCCGGAAGCGGGGAGGGGGUCUCUCCGCGGAGGCAGUGCCUGAUCCGGCGGAAGAGCCAGCGGGAGCACCACGGCGUGGCGGCCUCCUGCCUGCGGGAGCUGCGGAGCAAGGCCUGUGACAUUCUGGCCAUUGACAAGGCCUGGGAGCCCAUCACCUUAGUUCUGGCAGAGGAUGGCACCAUUGUGGAUGAUGAAGAUUACUUCCUGUGUUUACCGCCCAACACCAAGUUUGUGGCACUGGCCAGGAAUGAAAAGUGGACCAGCAGCUCCACAGACGGGGGCACAGCCUGGCUCUCAAGGGAGUCCAUAGAUGAAGUGGAUAGCGGUGAAUUGAAGUGGAAGCAUCUGGCAAGACAGCUGAAGGAUGACCUGUCCAGCAUCAUUUUGAUGUCUGAGGAAGACCUCCAGGUUCUCAUUGAUGUACCAUGUUCAGACUUGGCCCAGGAGCUUUCCCAGAAUCAACCAAAAACCCAGAUGUUACAGGACACCCUGCAGCAGGCGCUGGACAGACGAGAGGAAGAACGCCAAUCCAAACAGCUUCUGGAACUCUACAUGAAGGCCUUAAAGAAUGAAGGCAGCAUCUUAACCAAGGCAUCAGAACCUGACGCUGCACCCAGGGAGGAGAUGAAUGUAGUCAACACUGAUAGCAGCGGUGCAGGUGCCUCCGCCAAAAGAUCACUCAGUAGCGGGAUCCUUGCUGCACUGAAAGAGAAACCUGCCCCAGAACUCAGCUUAGACAGUCAGGAUCUAGAGCUGGUUUUCAAGGAAGACACAGAAGCCUUGGCUCUGGCACUGUGCUGGGAUAAGCAGAAGACUGAAGCUCUCCAACAGGCCUGUGAUCAGGAGCUCUCCAGGCGCUUACAGCAAGUGCAGGCUCUACGCUCCCUGAGGAAUAUAUCAAAGGGCAAGAAAAAGCUGCCCUGGGGAGACUGGUUGAGUUCAAAACGCAAGAACAGCCCCCAUCAUCCAGGAGACAGAAGUCAGCAAGAAACAGGCAGAGUCGUGGAUGUAUGUGGAACACUGCCUGAUAGAGCUCUGCAACAAGCUACUUCCCUGCCUCGCAAGUUUGUUUUUUUUUCUUUGGGCCGGAGCAAAACUUCCAGCUCAAUUAUUUUUAUAUUACAGUAGCCCCUCUUUUCUCAGCUUAUGCAGUGACGUGAAAAAAACCAAAGAGCAAUUAACUUCCCAACAAUACACUGUUUGGAUUUAACCCUUAAUUAGAGCUUCUGGAUUGUGCUGCUAUUAAAGUGUGUAUUUGCUGUUAA